AUGGUCAGCACCAGCAUAAUCGACGCCCUCAACGUCCGCGUGGUCGGCUCCGGCGAUAAGUUCCUCGUCCUCGCCCACGGCUUCGGCACCGACCAGUCCGCCUGGCAGCGCAUUCUCCCUUACCUGACGCAGUCCUACCGCGUCAUCGUAUACGACCUCGUCUGCGCCGGCAGCGUCAACCCGGACUACUUUGACUUCCGUCGUUACACCACCCUCGACGCCUACGUCGACGACCUCCUCGCCAUUCUCGACGCCCUCUCCGUCACCCGCUGCGCCUACGUUGGCCACUCCGUCUCCGCCAUGAUCGGAAUUCUCGCCUCCAUCCGCCGACCCAACCUCUUCUCCAAGCUCGUCCUCAUCGGCGCUUCUCCCAGAUUUUUGAAUGAUAGAGAUUACCAUGGCGGAUUUGAGCAAGAGGAGAUUGAGAAGGUGUUUUCGGCAAUGGAGGCGAACUACUCGGCGUGGGUCCAAGGCUUUGCGCCGUUAGCCGUCGGAGCCGACGUGCCGGCGGCGGUCCGAGAGUUCAGCAGGACCCUUUUCAACAUGCGACCCGAUAUCUCGCUUUUCGUAUCUCGGGCCGUCUUCAACAGCGAUUUGAGGGGGGUUCUGGGCCUGGUCAGAGUGCCCUGCUGCAUAAUCCAGACGGCGAAGGACGUGUCCGUGCCGGCUUCGGUGGCGACUUACCUGAGAGACCACCUGGGCGGUCGGAACACCGUCGUGAUGCUGGAGACGGAGGGGCACUUGCCCCAUCUGAGCGCGCCGAGCCUGCUGAUAAGGAAGCUGCGGCAUGCCCUUUCGUCGUCGUAG